AUGUCACCUCGUACUGAUGCGGAACGAAAACAGAUGGCCCAAGUUCCGUAUGCCAACGCUGUGGGAUCCUUGAUGUAUGCAAUGGUAUGUACCAGACCCGAUAUUUCACACGCUGUCAGUAUGGUUAGCAGAUAUAUGCAUGAUCCAGGAAAGGGUCAUUGGCAGGCCGUGAAAUGGAUUCUCAGAUACAUUCAGGGAACAGUUAAUGUUGGCCUAAAAUUUGGGAGAGAUCAGAAAUUUGGUGAUCAGCUUGCAGUUGGUUAUGUAGAUUCAGAUUACGCUGGUGAUCUGGAUAAGAGGCGGUCAACUACUGGUUAUGUUUUCACUAUGGCAGGAGGACCAGUUAGUUGGCGUUCGACUUUACAGUCCACGGUUGCACUAUCUACUACGGAGGCUGAAUAUAUGGCGGUGACUGAGGCCAUAAAAGAAGCCAUCUGGUUGCAGGGUUUGAUUGGUGAUUUGGGUGCCAAACAGGAGCACAUCAAUGUCUAUUGCGAUAGUCAGAGUGCCAUUCAUUUGGCAAAGAAUCAGGUGCACCAUACCAGGACAAAGCAUAUAGAUGUCCGUUUUCACUUUGUUCGGGAAAUUCUAGAAGAAGGGGACAUAUUGCUUGAAAAGAUUGCCACUGCAGACAACCCAGCUGAUAUGUUGACAAAGGUUGUUACUGGGAUCAAGUUCAAUCAUUGUUUGGACUUGAUCAACAUCUCUCCGGUUCAGAGCGCCUAA